CCAUACCAUGUAGAAUCCCUAUGCAACUUUUUCACAUUAAAUUAUUACUCAUUUCCCAUCCCAUCUCUUUUCAUUUCCUCACUUAUUUGAUCUAACAAAACUAAAAUAAAACUUUCCCAUUCAUUUUCAGAUCUUAAUAAAAUGUCCAACGAAUCAAGAAACCCAAUCUCCGGCGCCGGCGAAUAUUUCACAGCAUACCCAGAUCAAGUUCUUGAAAACGUACUCGAAAACGUUCUAGUUUUCCUGAAAUCACGGCGUGAUCGUAACGCCGUGUCAUUAGUAUGCAAGUCAUGGUACCGUGCAGAAGCAUACACUAGAUCAGAUCUAUUUAUUGGAAACUGUUACGCUGUGGCACCAAACCGUGUGACAGACCGGUUCAAGAGAAUCCGGUCGGUUUGUUUGAAAGGAAAACCCCGGUUCGCUGAUUUUAGUUUGUUGCCUCCGGACUGGGGUGGGUAUUUUAGACCAUGGGGUAUGGCUAUGGGGAGGUGUUAUGGGUUUCUUGAAAAGAUUCAUUUGAAACGCAUGUGUAUUAGUGAUGAUGAUCUUGGUGCUAUUGGUCACUCGUUUCCGCUUUUUAAGGAACUUGUUUUGGUUUGUUGUGAUGGCUUUACCACUAGUGGACUUGCCAUUAUUGCUACUAAAUGCAGGGAUCUACGAGUUCUCGAAAUGAUUGAAAGUGAAGUUCAGGAUGAUGAUGUUGAUUGGAUUUCAUGUUUUCAUGUUGAGGGUACAAGUAAUAUGGAGUCAUUAUGUUUUGAUUGUGUAGAAUCCCCAAUAAAUUUUGAUGCAUUGGAGAGACUAGUAGCAAGAUCACCGUUUUUAAAGAAGCUUAGAUUGAAUCGAUAUGUUUCAAUAGGGCAGCUAUAUAGGUUGACUUUACGAGCACCCCAGCUGACUCAUUUGGGUACUGGUUCGUUUUGUGUGUUGGAGAUGGUUGAUCAGCAAGAAGAUAAUCAAGAACCCGAUUACGGUUCUGCUUUUGCUGCGUGUAGGUCGAUAGUAUGUCUUUCGGGUUUUAGGGAAAUUGCUCCCGAAUAUCUUCCGACCAUUUAUCCAGUCUGUGCUAAUCUCACUUCGUUGAAUCUUAGUUAUGCCAACAUUGAUGCUGCACAGCUAAAGCCCGUUAUUCGUCUUUGUCACAACCUGCAGAUUUUUUGGGCACUUGAUUCAAUCUGUGAUGAGGGACUUCAAGCAGUAGCAGAUACAUGUAAAGAUCUUCGUGAGCUUCGUGUUUUUCCCUUUGAUCCUUCUGAAGAUGCCGAGGUGCUAGUUUCUGAAGUGGGUCUGCAUGCAAUUUCCUUAGGGUGUCGAAAACUGGAAUCCAUUCUUUAUUUUUGUCAGCAGAUGACAAAUGCAGCCAUUGUAGCCAUGUCCAAUAACUGCCCAGAUCUUAUGGUGUUUCGUCUCUGUAUAAUAGGCCGGUACAGACCAGACCGAAUCACUGGUGAACCUAUGGAUGAGGGUUUUGGAGCCAUUGUCAAGAACUGUAAGAAACUUACUCGGUUAGCUGUUUCUGGUUUGCUCACGGAUCGGGCCUUUAGUUACAUAGGGCAAUAUGGUAAGUUGGUGCGAACAUUAUCUGUGGGUUUUAAUGGUGACAGUGAUAUAGGUCUGAAAUACGUGUUGGAGGGUUGCACUAGUCUGCAAAAGCUCGAGAUUAGAGAUAGCCCAUUUGGGGACUCAGGUUUGCAGUCAGGUUUGCACCAUUUUUACAAUAUGAGGUUUGUUUGGUUAUCCUCAUGUAGUGUGACUCGACAAGGAUGCUUGGAUAUUGCUAGAAGAUUGCCGAAAUUAGUUGUGGAGGUUUUCCGUAGGGACGAGGAAGAAGGAGGGGAUAGGGGUGAUCUUGUCGACACACUUUAUAUGUAUAGGUCACUUGAUGGACCACGAGCCGAUGCACCAGAAUUUGUUAAGAUUCUAUAAAUAUUCCAAGUAAGAAUCAAUAUACAGAUUUCAAGCAGCAAACAUUCAAGUUUUGAGUAAUGGUUGUUGAGAAGUUACGUAGUGAUUACCGAUCUCAUGAAAGAUUCGAGUAACAACUGUGACUAGUGAUCAUUCUUACCUGUUUCAAGAUUGUGGGUCGCUGAAGUCUAACGACCAAUUCAAUUUCAACCCAACUCUCCCUUGGCUCGAAAUACAAGUUUGUUGCAUUCUACUUAAAGAUUGGAUUUUUUUUUUUAUGGGAUGAGAAAAACACUUGCAUUUGAUUCGUUAUCUGAUACGAAAAGUGGUAAGAUAUUCAAAGUUUGUGUUUCUUACUGCAAAAAUGUAGAUGAUGAAUUUGAUGAUAGUAAUUCUUUUAAUUUGGUAGUAGAGAAAUUUAAAUUCUGAUUCAUGUGAUAUUCAGAUGUUAUUUUUUUUUUUUAUAAGAACUACUACCUUUGAAUAUGCAUUCAUAGUUUCUUAACUUC